AUGGCUCCUAAUAUUGAUCCUUCAAAUGUUACUACUACUACUUCAUCUAGUAUGUCUUCUAGUACUGUUGAGCCGUCACAUCCUGUGUACCUAUAUUCUUCUGAUUUCCCUGAUACAGUUUUAGUUACGAAGUGUUUUAAUGGGACGGGGUAUGGAGGAUGGAGACGAAGUAUGCUAAUUGGUUUGUCAUGUAAAAACAAGUUAGGAAUUAUAAAUGGAACCAUCCCUAAACCUAGAGCAAAUUCUGUUCUAUUUGAACCAUGGGUUCGUUGUAACGAUAUGGUUACUGUUUGGAUAUCAAAUAGCCUGGAUACAAAAAUUAGAGAGAGUGUAAUGUAUACUGAGUCUGCACAAAAACUAUGGCAUGAACAACGUUAUAACAAGGCAAAUGGUACUAAGGUGUUUCAAAUUAGAAAGGAUCUUGCAUCCAUCUCCCAAAGCUGGUGUGACAAGCAGAAGAAGACGGAAUUGCGUAGCAAGUACACCAAAAGUAGAGGAGCACUUUAUGAGUUUGAGCACUUAUCAGAUGCCAAUAACAAUAAGCGAUCUCAUCAGUUGUAUCAUCGAUGA